UUUUUCCACGAUCAGCACUUCAGUGGCUCUUUCUUGAUUAGGUUUAUGCGCCUCGUUCUGUCACACGAUGUCUCGGAUCUGACCUGUGAUCACACUGACGCGCGAUGGCUCCUUUCGGGAAAAACUUUCUGAAGGCGCGUUUGAAGAACAGGUCUAAGCCUGUAGAGGAAACACCAGGCAAGGAAAUCCAGGUGCUUGUGUGUCGAGAAGAAAAAGUAAUCUGUGGCGUGACCAAGCACACAACUUGCGCAGAUGUAGUCAAGGCUUUAUUGGAGGACCACCAGACUUUACCAGAGAGUAAGAGGCUAUUACAUGGGGAACCUAAAGACUUCUGCAUCCUGGAACGGUGGAAGGGCUUUGAGAGAGCACUGCCACCUCUCACUCGAAUUCUUCGGCUAUGGAAUGCUUGGGGUGAUGAGAGACCUUUCAUACGGUUUGUCCUCAUGAAGGUCAGUGAUUUUGUGCCAUCAUCCAAAGCAGCCAAAAGAGUCUCAAAGUCUAGGGGAGCAAAGUCCAAAAGAUGGGACCAAGGACCUGCACAGUACGCCAAGACUGUAUCUGCGGAGAAGCAGAAGCGCAUGGUGAGGAAGGCCUUCCGCAAAUUGGAGAAGAUCCAGAAAGCAGAGACAUCAGAGGGAUCCGAAGAGAUCAGUAAACUGGUGCAGUUGAUCAUCUCACAAGAUCAGACCAUCCGGCAGCAGUUUCACCAGAUGCGUGAGAUAGACUUGGAGAUUGAACAUGCAGGGAAAGGACUGAGGAACAGCCCCACACCUCGCUCCAGCAUCACAGAAAGUGAUGGUGGCCAGUCGUUGUCCCAAUAUGAGGGUCAGCUUCAGGAGUACCUGCACACCAGUGAUGGACUCGAGCAACUAGAACUACAUGUCUGCAGGCACCAAGAACUCAUUGAUCAGCUCUCUCGAGAUAUUGACCUGGAGCUGAGGAACUGGACUUCAGAUUUAGAGGACUUGAAAGGAGCAGCAGCUGCAAGUCCAGAACUAGAGCUAGAAGCUAACCUCUCAUUGUCCACCUCAGAUCUCUUAGAGCUGGAGAGCUUACGCAGUGAACUUGAGUCAAGCAUGAGAGCUGGGCUUUCCCUUCAUGCCCAAACUCAGGAAAUCGAGAAGGAACUACAGCGGAACAAAACAGACCUGCAGUCCCAGAACCAAGAAUACCAGCAUCUGGUUGCUCAACUCAAUGCACUUGAGCUGGGGGCCUGUCCGGACCAGCCUAGCCCUGUAUCUCUGAAGACCCAGAUCAGGGCCACUGUCUCUCAGCAGACAGCAGGCAAGGUCAGACUGAAAGGCUCUCCUACAGAUGCGACAGACACGGACUCAGACACUGGUAUAAGCUCUACUCACAGUCAGGACUCGCUGUCUCCCUGUGUGGACAGGUCACUUCCACUGGACACUGACGUUUAAAUUCAGGAUUGUCCAAUUGUGUUUUUAAGACUUAUUUAAUGACCCCCAACUAGGAAACACACUGUAACACACUUUCUACCCCAAAAACUGGCAUCAUUUACUCAGCAUUAUGUCAUUCCAAACAGAAGUUAACCACUGAUUUCCACUGAAAGUGACAUGGCAUGCAGCCAAGUAUGGUGACCCAUACUCAGAAUUCAUGCUCUGCAUUUAACCCAUCCAAAGUGCACACACACAGCAGUGAACACACACCUGAAAGAGUGUGCAGCCAUUAUGCUGUGACACCCAGGGAGCAAUUAAGGGUUCAGUGCCUUGCUCAAAGGCACCUCAGUCAUGGUAUUGGCGUCCCGAGACUUGAACCCACAACCUUAAGGUUAGGAGUCAAAUGCUCUAACCAUUAGGCCAAGACUUCCCCACCGUAUGGACAAAACACAUUGAGACAUUUCUCAAAAUAUCUUCAUAGAAGAAAGAAAGACAUAUGGUUUUGGAACAAUAUGAGGGGGCAGUAAAUUAUGGCAAUUUUAUUUAUUUUUAUGGUUGAACUACCCCUUUAAACUAAUUUGUGCGGUUGCAGUUAUACUAUAUAGAUAUUGAUGCAUAAAUGAACUGUGUGAGUUUAUGAUUAUCAUCUUUAGUUUUUUUUCUCUUUAUUAGAAUUCAUAUGCAUGUAAAUUAUGUAAAAUAACUUUUAAAAACUUUGUCAAUAAGCUGAAAAUUUUUUUAAAAUUACCCCUCUGAUAUUGUUUAUUUUAAAUCCUGCUGAUAUUUAUUAAGCCCAUAUUUUACACAAUUUGAAAUAUUUUUGUUCACCUAAAUACAAAGUUUAGUUUAUAUAUAUAUAUAUAUAUAUAUAUUAUAAGAAUAUAUUGUCAGUCCCAUUUUAAAAGAUUUUUUUUUAAAUGAAUUAAAAUAUUUUAAUGUAAUCUGUAAAUAUCAAUAGCACUAUACAAUGUUUAUAACUAUAUGAACAAGGUAUGAAAGAACAUCAAAUUGUUUUACAUUAAAACAAACUAUGGACUUUUUAUAUAAGCUUUACUUUUUGAACCUGUUUCUGUUUUAAAAUGUACAGUAUGAACAGGAAACUGCACAAAUGACUAAAUACAGAGAUACAUUUUAACACCUAUGCAUAAAUUAUUUUUUUCUUUAAAAUGUUUUGAACUAAAUUCAAAUUCAUUUGCAGCUUGGAGCCUUUUUAGCAUACAGUAGCAAUUUCCCAUCCCAUGCUUUUGCAAUGUAAGAUGUGUUAUCAACUAUAGUUUGUAGACUGUGACUCAUGUUCCCUUCACAGCUAAAGUGGGUUGCGACAGCACUCUGCUAAAGAAUCCAUUCUGACACUAAUACAAACACAAGCUAAGAAUAUUUGAAUUCUAAUGGGAAAACCUUUGUACAUUUCUCCAGUCAUUGCCAGUAAAGAGACAUUCGAGCCCUUUUGCUUCAAGUAAUUGCCUCAUCCUUUCUUUAAAACCAGCGAACAGCAGAGACUAGCAGUCCUAUUAGACUGCGGUCUCAUUGCUUCAUUGAAUUAAUGUAGGGGCUUUAAUGCCAAGUUCCUGAAGGGUAACAACGUGUUAACGCCGUUGUCAUUCAGCGUGACUCAUAACAAAUGGGAUUUUAAAGAAGGCUCCAUUUUGUAAUGCAAAACAAAUGGGUUUUAAAAACUUGCAUUAUGCAGCAGGCCUUGAUAUUCAAAGGGUGUUAAUGAAGCCUUGCUUCAUUUGCUCCUUCAGAGUGCCGGCUUCGCACUGAGAUAAUAACCAAAUUCCCCUUCAUUGGCUCUGAUCCCACACAGCACCCCCUGCAGGGUGUUGCCAAUACAAAGUCCGAAGGCUCUUUAAUGUCUCCACUGUGAGCGUCGUGACUUGUUUACCUCCACUGUCAGUUCAGGAGGAUCCAGAGAGCUGCCAGGACUCCGUCGUGGCCGUAAUUUCCUGUGUGAAAACGGCAAUUACUUGACUUUUAUCUCUGCUUUAAGUAGUAUUUCCAGCACUAACAAUUACACCGGCCAGUUCUUGUAAACAGUCCUUUAAGAUUGUGUCAGGACAGCUCCCUCAUGUUGAACUUUCAGUUACGAAGACUUGUGCAUCCUCACAGGCAGGAAAAACAGAACAUACUAAAAGUGAAGUGGUAUAAAAAGGGAUGAGGAAUGGACUUUUGCAUGGCAAGUAAUUUUAUCCCCAAGGCCAUCGUGUAACAAGACACUUGUAUUUUCCUUCACUAGAUCAAGGAACCCGUCUUUGCCUAACUUUUUACAUUUCAUAAAAACGAUAUAGGUUUUGAUCUAACAAGUGAUUGAAUUGUCUCAAGACAAAAUAAUCCUGUCGCCUGCAUGCUACAAUCUUCAAAAACAACAGUCACCUUAAGUUAUCUUAUCUUUUCAGUUUACCUGAAAGGGCUUCUUUUUUUUUUUUUUUACUUUAACUAGUGAUUUGUAUGAUAAUGUUUCUCUCAUACAGUACAUACCAAUAAGUUUUGAACUUGUUCCAAAAAGCAAAUAAACUAAUUUUAGGAUCUCUUUUA